AUAGUACAUUACAGAUGGUACACUACAGAUGGUACAAUACAGAUGGUACAUUACAGAUAGUACAUUACAGAUGGUACACUACAGAUAGUACACUACAGAUAGUACACUACAGAUGGUACACUACAAAUAGUACACUACAGAUAGUACACUACAGAUGGUACACUACAGAUGGUACACUACAGAUGGUACACUACAGAUGGUACACUACAGAUAGUACAUUACAGAUAGUACACUACAGAUAG